AUGCAAAAAAAACAAGGAUGUCUAGCAAAGGUUUCAAAAAAUAAAGAAUGUGAAAUAUCAUUUCAUACAAAUAAUGAAACUGAAGUAGUAGUAGUUAAAGUAGCUGAACCAAUUAGAAAUCCACAAAGAGCUUUAACGAAAACUAAAGUAGCUGAACCAAUUAGAAAUCCACAAAAUGCUUUAGUGAAAGCUAAAGUAACUAAACCGAUUAAAAAUUCACAAAAUGCUUUAGCAAAAGCUAAAAUUGCUUUGCCAAAAAGAGAUAAUAUAAGAAAGAUAUCUCCUCAAGCAAAUGAAGUUAUAUCUGAAAAUGAAGAGCCUUCAACAUUUUAUAGAGAUAUGUUGCAAUUAUUACAUAACAAUAACGAUGACAACUAUGAUAAUACUAUGUCAAUAAAUUCUAUUUUAAGUAAAUACUAUAUUGAUAUUGAAGAAUUACCUGAUAUCAAUAUUGAAAAAUUACCUGAUAUUGAAAAAUUGCCAGAUAAUCAACAAGUCGAACAAAUACUAUUAGAAUUCAAUCAAAUGGAUAAUGUCUUGGAAGUAUGCAAUUGGCUUAUAAAACACCUGCAUAUAUUGCGACUAGCUAAUCAAAUGCAUAGUGCAUUUUCAUUGUCAAUUGAUAUCGAUACUAAUGCUAAUGAAUCAUCAAGUUUUUUAUCUAUCAAUUCUACAAGUUCAUUUGACAAUAAGAUAAAGUGCCUUUUCCUUAGAAUAAGAAAUUUAUCAUCAAUGAUUAUUGAUGAAUUCAUUAAAAAAAUCUUUGGAUAUUCACCUUAUUCUAAAGAAGGAACAGAAGUGCAAAGCAAAACUAAAAAAACUCUUGAAAACAUAGUUUCUCCACUAACAAAUGAAGAUGUCAAAGAUUUUAUCGAUAAAAAAGUGGUAGUAAAUCUCUUGAAUCAUUAUAUAGCAGGAACAAACCAAGCAGAGCUCUGA